AGUGACAGACUCUGUGGCUUUUCGUCUCUGCAGCUCUCAGCCUCGAUUGCAGCGCUUUUUUUUCCUCCCUGUGCUGGAAAUUACCCUUUGAAGACGCAUCUUCGGGCUGUGCGCGGAGCUUUCAGACCGGACCAGUUUACAACAUGGCUUACUUGUGGAUACACACCGUAUGGAUUUCCGGGGUCGGUUUCCUCUUUGGAUUUCAAGGUGGUAGUGGCCAAGUUCGUUUGGCCAGCUCUCAGGAGAGACGUCAGGACGUGGGCUGGUCCCUGCAUGGCAUGCCAGCGUACCAAGGAUUCCCCGUCCGGAGUGUGGAUAUGCAACGGGCCACCGACAACAUCACGGUCCGCCAGGGUGACACAGCCAUUAUCAGGUGUUAUGUUGAUGACAAAGCCUCCAAGGUGGCCUGGCUCAAUCGAUCAAACAUUAUCUUUGCCGGUGAAGACAAGUGGUCUCUGGACCCCAGAGUCGAUCUGGUCACCAAAGGACAACUUGAGUACAGCCUACGCAUACAGAAGGUGGAUGUUUAUGAUGAAGGGUCAUACACUUGCUCCAUACAAACAAAGCAGCAGCCUAAGCCCUCAUUGGUCUACCUCAUUGUACAAGUUCCAGCAAACAUCUACAAGAUGUCAGAGGAUAUGACGGUGAAUGAGGGCAGCAAUGUGACACUCAGCUGCCUGGCUACUGGCAGACCAGACCCGCUAAUUACCUGGCGGCUGCUCAACCCCUCAGCCGAGCCACUGGAUGGAGAGGAAUACCUGGACAUCAUCGGCAUCACGCGAACCCAAGCAGGUCGCUACGAAUGCAAGGCCAGCAAUGACGUUGCCACACCUGAUGUCAAAUACGUCAAUGUGAUCGUGAACUACCCUCCAACAAUAAAGAAAACCCAGAGCGCCGAGGCCCAGCUCGGCCGCGCGGGGGCGCUGGGAUGUGAAGCCACCGCCGUGCCCACACCCGAAUUUGAAUGGUUCAGGGAUGAGAAAAGGCUGUCCAAUGCCCAGGGCCUCAAUAUCCAAGUCCUUGGCACUUAUACUAUUCUUACAAUUUCAAGUGUCACUGAAGAGGAUUAUGGGAAAUAUACCUGUGUGGCCUCAAACCGACUAGGUGUCCAAAAUUCCAGUGUCUUUCUCUACAGACCUGGAACAGGCCGAGACAUCAACGGCUCAGCUUGCGUAUCUCAAUCACCGUGGCUCCUUCUGGCCUCCAUCGCCUGCCUUCUCUUACAGUGCUAAUACCUCUCCUCUCCCGCUUCCUCCCAGUUGGCCUUUGACCUUCCCGUUCACUUUCUCUCCCAACUCGCCGACAUCCUUAUUGCUACACCGACGUUACUGCCCUCAGGCAGUUCACAUCCUUACGAACAUCUUAGGUGCUGUCUAGCACCGCUUGCAAAUUUUGUGUCUAGCGUCCGGUUAUGAAUAUGUCACCAUUGACGCAAAGGGAAAAAAAAAAAGAUAUGAAGGACAGAAAAAGCAAACAGUGCUCCUUUAACAAAUUGUGUUGCUCUUUUUAAUACGUACGCACUUCUUUGUUUCAGCUUUCUGUGGCUGGUUUUGAAUUGUGUCUUCUUGUGUCUUGAUGGAAUCGAACGCACAGAUAUUCCACUUAGGAGGAUGCCAACAAUCGUUUGUCUCUCGAAGAA